AGUACAACAUAAUAAUCAUCUUCUACCUUGUAUCUAACUGGAGCCAUGUCUCUAGCGAUAAACUCCGGUUAGAGCCGUGUCGGGACAAGGCAGGCACAACCGCGCGACCACAAGGGUUGCAACCUGGAACUUUACAAGGCAGGUUCAAGUCCAACAUGGGAAUAAUGCAAGGCUGACGUGGGGUUGCCUUCAUAUUACAAGCUUCGCCGUAAGAUCUUUAUCCUAAAGUUAUUUAUGUAUUUUUUUCUUUAUUUAUCAGCUUAGCCCUAUCGUCCGUAAAUACCUUCUUCCGCGAAGCUUUAGUUGUUUGUCAGCCUUAUCCUUUGACAACAUACAUGAACUAUCUAAAUCAAUCCUUAGCUGUGGAAAUUCUGAAAAUCCACCUUAUUCAAUUUAAUUCAGUUUCCCAGUUUUUAAGUGGAUAAUUUUGUAAACGGUGAAACUCAAGCUCGAAAAGAACGGACCUCUUAAAAAACCGUCGUCGUUAAGACGUACAAGCUCCAACCUACGCACGUGUCUACCUGACCUCUAAAUCACAACUCCGACUCUCAGCCCAUUCAUCCAAAAUGUCAGACAAAUCCGCCGCCCUCGUAACGCCGGCCUCGGUGCUCCUCUCCACCAGCAUCGUAGCCUUUCUCUCAGGCUUCAUGUUUGGCAUGUACUCGAUCCGAGGCUACUUCUUCGUCUCCCCAUCUCUAGAAUCAGCACGACGAAGCAACAUCACCGAUCCUAUAGAAAGCGAUGAGUCCGAUAUAGACGAUGACACAAUCCUCGACCAUGCACCGAACUGGGCGAAUGGAGAGGAAGCCGAUGUACGGGAUGGGUUAAGAGCUCGUAAACAGGAGAAGAAGAAAACCAAGAAGGCACCCAAGAUAGAAGAGGAGGAAGAGGACGAGGCAGACAAAGCUUCCCGAGCACACCCGCAACAGCCCAUAGCCGAUGGACCAGCGAACGAGGAGUGCAAGCUAGUUCUCGUCGUGCGAACAGAUCUAGGCAUGACAAAAGGCAAAAUCGCAGCACAAUGCUCCCACGCCACCCUCGCCUGCUACAAAACCCUCAGCCGCGCCGCAUCCCGAAACCCCUCGUCCCCCGAAGCCCGACUCCUCCAACGCUGGGAGCGCCGAGGACAAGCCAAGAUCGCCGUCCAAAUAAAAUCGCAAGACGAGCUCCUGGAACUACUAGGCAAGGCGCGAAGCCUCGGCAUCACUUCCGAAGUUAUCCAAGACGCCGGUCGAACCCAAAUCGAUCCCGGUAGCCUAACGGUUCUAGGAGUCGGGCCCGCACCCAAGAGCCUCGUUGAUAAAGUCACGGGAGGACUCAAGUUAUUAUAAGACUUAUGAUAAUUGAAACUCUAGAAUGAAUUAGUUGCAGGAGGGGCGUGGUCAAUACAUACAGCACAUUAGACAUAGAUAUGGGCAUUUCACGGCGUGUAUACCGGAGUUUAAAAAGAAAUAUCCACGGUCGUCAUAUUUGCAGAUCACUCAAAAAUCAUGAAGUACGACUAGCG